CAUCUGAUCUUAAUAAUAUUCCUGAAAGAAAGAAACAAAAACUAUGGCGGAAGGAGCUUUAUUCCACCUCGCCGGAAAAGUCCUUGAACUGCUGGGUUCCUUCACUCUCCCAGAGGUCAAACUGGCCUUCUGUGUUCAAACUGAGAUUGAAAAACUAACAAGCACAGUUUCCACAAUCCAAGCUGUGAUUCUUGAUGCAGAAAAGCAGAGUUCUCAUAAUCAUCAGAUCAAAGAUUGGCUCAGAAAGCUCAAUGGUGUUCUCCAUGAUGCUGAUGACUUGCUGGAUGAUUUCUCAACCCAAGUUUUGCGGCACAAGGUGAUGAGAAAGAAGAAGGUACGCAUUUUCUCUUCCAGUUCUAAUCGUAUUGCUUUUAGUCCUAAGAUGGGUCGUCAGAUAAAAGCAAUUAGGGAGAGGCUAAAUGCCAUUGCAAAAGAUAAGGAGGAUUUCCACUUUAUUCAAAGCUUCAUUGAGCCACAAGUCAUGAGUAGGGACAGAGAAACUUAUUCUUUUGUUCUUGAAGAUGAAGUUGUUGGGAGAGAGAAUGAUAAGGAAGUGAUUAUCGAAAUUCUUUUUGAUGACAAUGUUGUAGAGAAUAUUUCUAUCAUUCCAAUCGUUGGUAUUGGAGGAUUAGGGAAAACCACACUAGCUCAACUGGUUUACAAUGAUCAAAGUGUCAACAAAAAUUUUGAGUUAAAACUUUGGGUUUGUAUCUCUGAAAUCUUUGAUGUAAAACGAAUUGUUAAAGAAAUUUUAGAACAGCUGACGGAUGAGAGACUUAAAGAAAGCUUUGAGGUGCUGCAAAAUCAGCUUCGAGAAAAACUUAGUGGAAAAAAGUACUUGCUUGUCUUGGAUGAUAUGUGGAAUGAGGACAAUACUAAAUGGCUUCUCUUGAAAAAUUUAUUAAUGGUAGGUGCAAGGGGAAGUAGGAUAGUUGUAACUACUCGUUCUAUAAUGGUGGCGGGCAUAACAGGGGCAACUUCAUGGUAUGCUCUAAGAGGCCUACCUGUAGAAAAGGCUUGGAAUUUGUUUGUAAAAGUUGCAUUUGGAGAAGGCCAACUGCCAAAGAACCAAGCCUUUAUUAGCCUGGGAAAGGAGAUUUUGGAAAAAUGUGUUGGGGUACCUCUUGCCAUAAGAGCAAUAGCAAGUUUGCUACACUCCAAAGCUUCUGAAAAUGAGUGGCGAUCUUUCAAGAAUUAUGAACUCUCAAAAAUAACUCAAGGAGAAGAAAAUAAUAUUUUAUCAACACUUAAGUUGAGUUAUGAUCAUCUUCCAUCAUACUUAAAACAAUGCUUUGCUUAUUGUAGAUUGUUUCCAAAAGAUUACAUGAUUCAUGUAGGGACAUUGAUUGAUCUUUGGGCAGCGCAAGGUUUUAUUAAGUUAUCGAAUCCAAAGCAACGUGUUAAGGAUGUUGGUGGAGAGUACUUCAGGUUAUUACUUUGGAGGUCAUUCUUCCAAGAUGUUAAAAAGGAUUACUGGGGCGAUAUAUGGUGCAAAAUGCAUGAUCUCAUGCAUGAUCUCGCAAUCUCUGUGGCUGGAACAGAAUGUACUGUAUUACAUUCAACCGAGGAAAAUAUUGGUGAAAAUGUUCAUCAUAUAUCAUUUAAUCUUUUGGAUUCGUCGAUGCAGUUUCCAAUCAUCAAGUUUAAAGGAAAGAGGAUACGAACGUUUCUUGGACAUAGAAGAGGGUGUGACUUUCCUUGUAAUGCGCUUGUUUCAAAUCUUAAGUAUUCACGCACACUAGAUUUGAGCUAUCUACGGUCACGAAAAAUGCUGAGUUCAAUUGGGAGAUUGAAGCAUUUAAGAUAUCUUGAUAUUUCUGAAAAUGAUCACAUUAAAAUUCUCCCUAAUUCCAUUGUCUUGCUGCUGAAUUUGCAAACACUGAAACUCAAGAAUUGUAUUGCACUUAGAGAAUUACCCCGGGACACUAAAAAUCUGGUCAAUCUUAGGCAUCUAGAUAUUUCUGGUUGUUUUACACUGACUCAUAUGCCUUACGGACUCGGAAAUUUGACUUCUCUUGAGAUACUACCACAUUUUGUUGUGAGAGACGGAGGUGCCAAGGCCAGGGCUAGUGGUGGGCUUAGUGAAUUGAAUAAGCUGAGCAAUUUGGGAGGAAACCUGAGGAUUAUGUAUCUAGGACAUGGAAAAGAUGACAUGAUGGAAUGUAAAGCUGCAAAUAUGAAGGAGAAACAACAUCUUCACCAACUGGAAUUAUGGUGGGACCCAAAGUUGGUUGGAGAAACUGAAUGUUUUGAUGAAAUGUCCCUAGAAGGUCUCCAGCCACAUCCAAAUCUUAAUGUGUUGAAAUUAUCGUUUUAUAUGGGUGUUACAAUUCCAAGUUGGGUCUCUUUGCUCACUAAUCUUGUCGAUUUGAACUUGUGGAGUAAUUGUAGAUGCCACCACCUCCCACCGUUACAUCAGCUCCCUUGUCUCAACUCUAUUUGGCUUAUUAAUAUGGAAGCACUUGAAUACAUAUCAGAAGACAAUGUUAGUAACGUGUUUUGUUCCUCAAAAGAAACAUUCUUCCCAUCUUUAUUUUCUCUCACAAUAAAGAAAUGCCCUAAUCUGAAGGGAUGGUGGAAGAAAGAUGAUAAUGAUGGGCCAGGCCAUCUGUUGCUGCCAUCAUUUCCUCGUCUCUCUGAAUUGCAGAUUGAUGAUUGCCCCAAUCUUACUUUCAUGCCCUUGUUUCCAUAUCUUAAAUUAGAGCUGAAAUUGUGGGAAGCUAGCUUGAAGGUAUUGCAGCAAACAAUGAAUAAACAGAGACCAUCAACAUCAACAUCCUCCUCAUGCUACUUUCCUCUCUCUGAAUUAGAGUUUUUGUAUUUAGAAGGGGUUAAUGAUUUAGAAUCUCUUCCAGAGAAGUGGCUGCAAAACCUUGUUUCUCUUCGGAGACUUUUCAUUUAUCAGUGCCCUGGACUUAGGUCUCUUCCUUGUAAAGGUAUUCAACAUCUCACCUCUCUUCAAGAGAUGAAAAUAGUGGACUGCAAUGAGCUGGCUCUGGUAAAUGAUGAAGAUGAUGGCAUGCAAUGGCAAGGCCUUCGGAGCCUCCAUUCUCUGUGUUUUUGGGGAACUCCAAAGUUGGUGUCCCUACCAGAUGGGCUUCAACAUGUUACCACUCUUCAAAAACUCGAAAUUCUUGAUUGUACUAAUUUAAUGGUAUUACCAGAGUGGAUAGGCAACCUCGCAUCACUACAUUAUCUUGCAAUUUCCGGAUGCUUCAAUCUGACGUCAUUGCCUCAAGAGAUUUGCCAUCUCACGUCUUUACAAUUUCUUGAGAUUGGCAAUUGUCCUAAUUUGAUGACUUUACCAGGGUCAAUGGAUAACCUCACGUUACUACAAAUGCUUAAAAUUGGGGAAUUCCCCAAUCUGACCUCACUGCCUCAAGGGAUUCGCAGUCUCACCUCUUUAAAAAUGUUGAGGGUUGGCAAUUGUCCUAAUUUGAAGGCUUUACCAGAGUGGAUAGGCAACCUCACAUCACUGGAAGAGCUUAUAAUUUGCGAAUGCCUUAAUCUGACAUCAUUGCCUCAAGGGAUUCAUGAUCUCCCCUCUUUACAACGGCUGAAUAUUACUGGUUGUCCCAUUUUAGGAGCAAGAUGCCUGGGGGAAGAUUGGCCCAAGAUUUCUCAUGUUCCAGUCUUGAGAUUGGAUCGAUUGUGGCGGUGAGAUACAAGUUGUUCAGAGAAUAGACUUGGGCUUAAAAAUUCAGACCUAUCCAAAAUUUGCAAUUGUGCAAUAUGACAAGAAGUCAGCGCCUCUGUCCAAGCAUUGGGCCACAUUGCACAUGUUAUUUUCUUUAAUGAGUUUAAUCACUACAAGUAUGGGGCAUUGUGUGAUGGAUGGAUAGAGUUCCUGGAGUUCUUUAAGUCAAAGAGAUGUAGUAUGGGUAAGGACGGUUGAGCCAAGACAGGUAAGAGAAGGAGUUUUAUUAAAUGUCCCAAAGAUGGAGUAACUUGCUGCAAAGCAAUGCAGAGGAAGGAAAAAGAAAAACCAUAUGAUGGGACAGAGAUUAAUAUCCUUUUGCUGAAGAAAUAUACCUAAGAUUCUUCAGAAACAUGAAUUGAGGAGGCGGUAAUGGAUCAUAAGAUUGCUGGUGCCCCAAAUAUUCUAACUUGGACCAGAAGGAUCUCACCCCAUUAGCUGCACAGUUGACAACUUCAAGUGCAAGGCAAAUUGGGACUUGCUCUGUUGAGAUGGCUUUUGAGACUUCCACAACAAAGAACCUCUUUCGGUGUGCUGUUAUCUCUACAUAGCAUGGUAUUACUCAUCCUUGAAGUAGUCUUUCAAUUCUAUGUAAGGCUGCUUAGGAUACCACAAUAUUCCAGGCCAUGGGCAAUUGCAUAUAUGAGACUUGAACACUUACAUUUUGUGUAGAGGCUAGGUGUGUGUUCAUGUUAUAGUAUCAGUUUCCCAACAACCUUUCUACAUUAGCAUAAAAUUUAGCAAUCACAUAUCAUAGAAAGGGCCCUAUGUUAGUUGGGGUCCCUUUCAUCAUGACCUUUAUCAUCAAUUGCCUUCCUCUGUGCUUGGCAACAUUACUCCACAUUGGUGCCUAUUUGGAUUGCCACCUGUAGUGGCUGGUGAUUCGCUGAUCAAAGAGCAGAUUUUGGAGAGAUUAUUCAUCAAUCUAGUGGUUGGUGAAUCACUGAUCAAAGAGUAUUAUUAAGUAGCUAUCCUUGUGGAUAAGUAUUAGUCAUCUUCGACAGUUUUGCUACAUAUAUGAGGACAAUUGAAUGCAUCUUUUCAUUUCGUCGGGAAAGUUGAAUUUCCAAUUUUCAACAUGUUGAGUACUGCAUCGAAUAUUUCAUUUCUUCUUCAAAGUUUAUGAUUUGAGUGUCCAGCUUUUUGUGACAUUUUUUUUGGGUGGAUCAACUUAUUUUUGCUACUUGGAUUUGAUUAUAAUCAGGGUGCUCUUUGUACUUGUAUUCCAAUUAAUAUUGAGUAAUUCUUUUCUUCU